AGUCGGGCACUGCACGUGGCUGCGACGGGUGCGGUGCUCCGGGCCGCUCUGACGGCGACGGCACGUGCAGGGGCAGAGGUGCGGAGGGAGGGCUGAGGAAAGGUGUGAGGGAGAGAGAGAGUGUAGUUAAGUUCGGACAGCAGCGGACGGUUUGCCAGGUAUGUAGUUGGAUUUCUUCUGUGGACCGCUUCCGUAAUCUGGUGUCCGGUGUGACAACAACGGUAUUGCACUUACGGCACCAGUCGGGGUGCCGUUUGGAUUGGAGAAACAAGCCAAGUGGCGUGCGCAAGACCAUCUUCGAGAAGCGUGUUUCACGUUUGAUACCAUAUCCUGCCUGCACGUCUUUCUUGGAGACUUCUUUUCUACGACGGGUUGAAUAAAUAAUCCGUUUGAGCUGAGAGCACUUGUCUCAUUCGUUGUUAGUUGGGCGGCACAGCCAUCGAGAGCCAGCAAAGUUUUCAGUAUGACCAGCUCCUGUGGAAGAUCCUGCGGUCUACUGCCGCUGCCGCUGGGACUUCAACUACUUCUGGUGCUGUUUCUCUGCCUGGUGCCCUCUGUAGCUCCCGCCGGCACGUCACUACUCUCUGGCGUGCAAUGUUCCACCUGUAACACACUCGGACCAGUAGCCGUGGCUCUGGUCCGUAUGACGCAUUCUGUGGCGAUUCUGCGUGGCCAGGCGCUCUCUGCCUGUCGGUUGUUACCAGUCACAGAGACGGUGUGCCGCGGCUUCAUCGACAACUGGGCGGAGAGUGUGGAAUACAUCCUGCUGCACACGAAGCUGACUCCUGCCCAGAUGUGUCGCAUCUUCCUGCCGUCCUGUCCAGCAGAGAAGGGUCUGAAGCUGGAUGUGACGCUUGACCUGCCGCGGCCGCCGCCGGCCAGCCGCGCUAAGCGACGUGACGCCCAUUAUCCGCCUCCGUCCACGCCCGGUCUGAAGGUACUGCACCUGGCCGAUAUCCAUCUGGACGUUCACUACAAGGAGGGAGCCGAUAACGGCUGUGACGACCCGCUCUGCUGCCGAGCCGAGAAUGGGUUUCCGAAGGAGCGCUCUCGCCAGGCCGCCCACUGGGGAGAAUAUCGCUGUGAUGCUCCGCCCCGCCUCCUGCACUCCCUGAUAGAUCACGUCGCCCGCAAACAUAAGGAUGAGCUCUCAUACGUUUUAUGGACUGGCGACACGGCUCCCCACGACAGCUGGAAGACCACCAGAAAGGACGUGCUCGAUCUCACGGCCCGUGUGACGUCAUUGUUACGUCAUAAACUGGCCGGCGUGCCCGUCUACCCGGUGAUCGGCAACCACGACAGUGCGCCCACGAAUUAUUUCCCGCCGUCCGAGGUUCGUAAAGGCAACUUCAGCGUGUCCUGGCUGUACCACGACUAUGCCAAGAUGUGGAAACACUGGCUUCCCGCUGAUGCACUGGCCACGCUACGCAAGGCAGGCUUCUACUCUGUCCUCGUUCGUCCCGGCUUCAGAAUCAUCGUGCUGAAUACGAACGUGGCCUACCGCUUCAACUUAUGGGUGCUGUUGACGGCCACCUCGGACCCGCACCACCAGCUCAAGUGGCUGGCCGGUGAACUACGUGCGGCACGUGCCGCCGGCGAGCGGUGCCACGUGGUGGGGCACGUGUCGCCGGCCGACCCGGACAUCCUGCCCGGCUGGAGCCACCUCUACCACUCCGUCAUACGCAGUUACCAGGACGUGGUGACGGCCCAGUUUUUCUCUCACACCCAUCUGAACGAGAUCCAGCUCUACAAGGACGACCGGGAUCGGCCAUUCUCCGUGUCGUACGUGGCGCCCUCUCUGACACCGUGGCAGAACGUGAACCCCGGCUACCGGAUCUACACGAUAGAUGGCGACAGGGGAAACCGCUCCUCAUGGGAGGUGAUAGACUACGAGCGCUGGGUGGCUGACCUGGCCGAGGCCAACGAGCGUCCCGAGAAGGGACCGCGCUGGCACCUCCAGAUGUCGGCCGCCGCCCGGUACCGCCUAAAGAACCUCUCACCCAGACGGUGGAGCCGCAUGGUGAAAAAGAUGCUCGUCUAUGGACGGAAAUUCGACAAAUAUUACAGUGACCUGAGCGGCGCGGCCUCGGUGGUGGGUCCGUGCGACAUCGAGUGCCGGAUACGGACCGUAUGUGGUGUGGUGAGUUCGGACGGCACCAACUCUCACCACUGUCGGCUGGUGAGACUGCUCUACCAGAUGGGCACCGCCGCAGGACUCAGCUGAGUGCACCGCGGCACCAGGGGUGGUGCCCUGUUCACCAGCGCAUGUGCACACAUGGAACUAACUGACCGUGUCGCCAUGACAACGGCGAUCCGGUCAGUCGACCAAACGAGACCUACAAACUGACACUGACUUGGCUGUCUUCCAUCGAUCGUAAAUAAGAAAUGUUAGCUUCGAGACUCGUAUGAAAGAGACUCGUUUGUUUUACAUAUUUCACUUUUCAUUCGUAACACACCUUGUUCAACCAUUUCGUUCCGAGUCACCCCACGGAUAAUCCGUGUGCGCGGCUAUGCGUAUGUAGGUACUGCGUUUCGUCCCUCAUGCCUCCGCCUGGUGACCCGGCCUCGGAGCCGAGGCGCGGCCGCAGUACAGGUGGUUCUUCCCACGCGCAGACGGACCACGCACGCACCAAUAUCACGUGAUGUGAGUGAUUUUCCAAUUGGAGAGUGACUGAUGGUCAUCUGCCUUGGAGCUGUGGGGUCGAGAGAUGUUUCCUGAUGUGUUUUCAGUUGGUAUUUAUUGGUAACUUUUAGGCGUUUGAUGUGGGAGCUCUACAUAAUAUCUUGCAUAUUUAUAAUUAGCAUAGUUAAUAACGUGAAAUGAUGUGAAAACAAAGCAGGUAAGCGAUGCUCGUAUGAAAGUAACCGAAGCAUUGUAAGUCAAUAGAAGGCUGGAAACUGCCGAUUUGCUUGGAUAAAUCGCGUUUCAUCUUAUUGCGAUACAUUUUUUUCUAUAAUAUGUAGCUUUUAGCUAAAGAAACCGCAAGUUUGGUCAUACGGUAUUCACAUUUUAAUGGAUUGUAAGUGCUCCUUUUCCGGAAUAUUAUAUUCCCAUCGUGUCGAGUGUAAGUAUCAGCUACUGCCGAGCCCAGUCCUGCUGCCUCGUGAGAGCGUUCCCGUGCAGGUCAGGUGUGUUGCUAGAGCCGGUCCCACCGUGCACAAAAGGGGAACACCCCGGCAGGACGGUGGCACCGGCAACGCUCCCUGGCUGCUCGGUAUGAGAACGGAGGGUCUGGCAGUCCCUGGGACCACAGCGACUGCCGUUUGCGCCUUGUUCAACCGCUAAAAACGAUAUUUCGGAGAGUGAAACAGUUUGUGGUUCAAUGUCAACGCAUUGAUAGAUCUAGAAAUGUGACAAUGGCUGUUUGACGUGCGAAGGAAUUAAACACUGACAUAGUGACGUGAUGUACCUCCCGGAUGCAGCGAUGGGAAAGUAGCAUGCCGUCCGAUACCGAUUCUGUCUUCCCGUCAUCAGUCACGUCAUCGUCACCUGUAAGAUAGCAUAGUUCUAAGCAUUUCGACCGCCUUUAUUGGCCCGGAAAUAGCACAGCCCGCCCAACACUGUGCAGGUUUGCGAACUCUAGUAAUGGGUCGUAUCGAUCCUCUAUUCUUGCUCGUUUAGGUGUUUUUUACACACUUUUUGUCAGUGCAUAUUGGGUGCAUAAUAUUAUCAAAUACACGCGAUCGCCAUACUA